CUGCAACGAAUACAUUGUAUUGUUGGUAAUAAUAGUAUUCUCUUUAGAGAAGUCGAGAGGCAUAACCUUCAUCGACUUCUCUUCGAAAGCGUUCAUGUUUUGAUUCUGGAAAACGUGUAAAUGCUGGAGUCGGUGAUGGUUUGUACUUCGACUGACGUUUCGACUCAGAUGUGCCUGGAUUUACGCAAUAGACAAGUUUUUUUCAAACAUUUAGCAGCAAUGCACAAAACCGUCACAAGGAAAUCAAAACUUACUUGCUUUUAAUCAAUUUCAACAUGCCCCUGUCCCGGGUUUAAAUCACAACUCUGAUUACGUAAGCCUGCUUUUCUCUUAACUGGCCCCCUAUUGUGACAGCUCCCAAGACCAGUUAACGUAAACCCGGGACAGGAGACAUGUUGAAAAUGGAUAAAAAUUCUAAAAAUUGAAAUUUCAAUAUUUCAGUGUCCGAUAUAAAAAGAUUGAUGGCCCCCCUCGUCAUUCUGCAGCUGAAAAUAGCCUUCAAACUGUAAACAUGUGAUGAUUUGUUACUGCCAGUACACACAUAUUCUUUUAUCUUUCACAAUUUAAAAUUUUCUGUGAAAAGCAAAUUAAUUUUCAACGCUAUCCAUCGUUGAGCUACGUUUCGUAAAUUCUUUGUUUAUUAUAUAAAAGUCAUUGUCCCAUCAUUUUGUCCACACAAUUGAUAUAAAAUUUCUUCAAAAUCUGCUAUCUAGCCUUUUACUGUUGAGUAGGCCUAGUCUUUUAAAAAUUCUUGCGGCAUUUUUGUGUUCACUUUCUAUUGUUUUCUCGAGCGAGACAUUUUACACAAACGUUAACUAAUUUGACAUCACACUAAGGGCUGCUACUCUAAUCUAAAACUAACUUUCUAUAACAGUACUGAGUAGAUGAGGUCCUCAACAGGGAUCUGUAUGAUUUACAACAUAAAUGAUUGAUAAAAACAUGUUUGAUUCGGUUAUUAUUCCUCCACAUUGCCGACUAUAAGUUUUACCGGCCAGGCACAGUGAUAUGGACGGCAACCAUGUGGUACAAUCAGAUUAAUGAAAAAGCGACAUUUUAGUCUGAAGGAAAAUAAAUGAAUUUGUUCAGUUUCCAUAGUUUUGGGCUUAUUGUCAUUUUGAUUUAAUGUGAUUAAUAUACAUGUAUGUUAUAACGAUGUGACUGUUGGACCAAGGGAAACAUGAAAUGAAUGGUCAUUGUCGUGUCUCAAGCAGGUUUUUUUAAGGUCUUGAUUUCAAGGACCUGGACCUUUUCCAUUGGGAAAAACAGUGACAUUUGCUUGAAAUUGGAGAAAUGUUUCAUACAAAGAAAUAGGGAGAAAACCAAUCCAGAGUGCAUUAAGGUUAACAGUUCAAAAUCAACAUGACUGAUGCACCACCUCCACCCUACCCUGGAAACCCCACAAAAGGACCAGAACCUGGCUACCCUCCACCUGGUCAGGCACCCCCAAUGCAAGGAUAUGGCCAACCUUAUGGACAACCUCAGCAAGGAGCGUACCCACAGCAGCCAUAUGGACAGCCAGCAUAUGGACAAUACCCAGGCUAUGGCCAGCCAGCACAAUAUGGUCAGACAACAGUUGUUGUGGCUCAGCCGGCCUUGACCAUGGUCCAGCAGUUCCGUGAGACACCGGUUCACACCAAAUGCCCCCACUGUCAGGCUGAGAUAGUCACUGCCACAUCAUACGAAACGGGAACAUUUGCUUGGAUCAUAUGUCUGGUUCUAUGCCUGGUUGGCUGCGACUUGGGAUGUUGUCUGAUCCCAUUCUGCGUUGAUGGCUGCAAAGACGUGACCCACACCUGUCCCAAUUGUCGCCAGGUUGUUGGCAAAUACAACCGGAUGUAACUGGUCUCUUGUCAACAAGGUUAAAGAAAUGUCGGCUGAAGAAGUAAAAAAAAUGCAGAGCUGACCAAGACUCUUUUUUAAACAUACUGUUAUUGUUUUAAGAUCAUUUUUGUUGUUGUGUAGCUUUGGUUUCGAAAAUGUGUUACGGUUAAAAUGAGACUAUAUAGUGUUUGUUUAUUCAUUAUUUUAAAAUUGUAUUUGUACACUUUAUGAAAAUGGUUGUAGAAAUUCAGAAAAGUCAUUUCCAAUAUGAUGGAGUUAUUUAAAUUCGUGGUGUAAUAUGGUUGAUGUUUCAUGUGCACUUAAUUUCGUGGGUUAUCUACAGACACAAAUCACAUGAUAUUCAUUGAUUGCCACAUACUUCAAAAUUUCUUGUGCUUGAAAUUUAUUGUAAUUCAAGAGCAACCACCUAGGUAACAAAUUGAACCUAAAAUCCGUUUAGAUUUAAUACCUGGGCAUUUUGAGUAUAAAUUAUUGCACUGGGUCACUUAAACGUUUGUGUUAUCCACAGUGACACUUUGCUUUAAAAUGUACAAUACAGAAGUGCCUGGAUUCAUGUAUUUGUGACCAAUUCUUACAGCUACAUUCUGUUUGACAAACCAGUAUACACAUAUAUAUAGACAGUAUAAUUUUCAACUACUUUCUCUUUUGAAUAAGUUUAUUGUUUGCCAAUUUUUUUCACAGCAAAAAAUAAUCUCAGAAUCUUCAUAUUACAUGUUAGGUAGCAAUCUUCCUCUUGGCUACAUAAGACAUUUCGCCUAUAUCCCAAGCUAAUCGGUGAAUGAAAUCAGUCAUACCAGAAAAAAUAAACACGGGUCUUUUUGAACUGCUAAGCUUCACGGAAUUUAAUACAUGUUGCGAUAAUUUCGAAUUAUUCAAAUGAAUUUUCCAUUGAAUGAUAAUUACAUUUUUGCACACUGUAUAUCUCUUUGCUUUUGUCUUUAAGGAUAUUGUUAUAUAUACAAUAGUAACCAAGCACUCGUGUAGAUUAGUGGAUUCAUAACUUAAUUUUGGCAUUUAUUUCAUUUUGUAUACUUUGAAUUUUAUCCACUUGUUUUAAACCUUAUUUUUGCUUAUCUUAGCCAGAGUAUGAAAUAUUACAGAAUUUUCUCUUUAUAUAUACGUAGCAUUGAAUGUUUCUCUUCAGUGUAUAAGUGAAUUAAAUUUUAUUUCACGUAUGAACCAGAAAUCAGUAGAUGUACUCGAAUGAUUAGUCUAGUGUCAGUAAUGAGUCAAAACUUUGAUGUUCUUUCAAGGUCCAACAUCAUUCGAACUCUAUAAUGAGUGGAAAAUUUAAAAAUAAUGUUUAUGGAACAACCUAAAAGAAGAAAGAAAGCUGCGCUCAAUUUCGUUGUAGACGAUGGCAUUCUUCUCAUCUAUUAAUAUCAUCUCUCUGGUAUAUAUAUUAAGAUUUUAGAUCUGUACUGUAAGAAAUCUCAAGUCCUGUUUAGUGAUUCGUGUGUUUUGAUAUGCAUGUAUUUACUUAAACUGAUUUAAAAGUAAUUGAUAUUGACUCCAAGCAUUGUAAUCUCUUUCAUGGGGUAUUAUGACAAAUUAUUUUAUUCUCUAUGAAGUGUUUAUCUUUCAUUUAUAUAUAUAUAUAUGUACGAUAAAUUGUAUAUACAUGUAUAACAUUUUAAUUAAAUGUGCAUUUGAAA